ACUAGCAGCAAUGUUGUGCUGCCCGUGUUUCCCCAUUGGGAAGCUCAACAAAGUUCACCCAGUGCCAGUGGGAGAGGCUGCAAUCCCCAGACCUCAGAGGGUCCGCCGCUUCUUCAAGAGGCUGAGGAGAUUGUUGAAAAAGAAGGAGAAGAAGACUGUAGAGUCUGUCCCCCCUCAGACGGACACCUUUGUGGUGGAGGGACCUGUUAAAGACGAGGCCCCAUCACCAGGAUGUAAGCCUGAGGGCCCUGUCACCAGCCUCACCCCUCAUGCCCCUGAGGACCUCACAAAGGAGGAAGAGGAGGAGGAGGAGAGGAAGGGGGAGGCGGAGAUUGUGAGAGGCCCAAGGCAUGAGACGCCCCAAAGCCUCAAGGAGGAGGGAGGGGAGUACACCAGCCCCUCCCAUGCCCCGGUCACGGAGACCUCCUCUGGAGUCACCAGCGUCUCCUCCCAUGCCCCGGUGAAGGAGACCUUAUCUGGGGCCACCAGCGUCUCCUCUCUGGACCGACUUGCCGUCCAGGUAAUGGACCAGUCCGGAGGGAGGGCAUCUAGGGGCAGGAGCAGAAGCUCCUGCCCGGCCCCAACUACCCCAACUGCCCCCGAGCCCCCCAGGGUGUUAUUCCACCAGUACCUGCUGCAGCUGAAGUGCAGAGGGCUGCCCAACCUGGGCCAGACGUGCUACGUCAACGCCGUGCUGCAGUGUCUGUUCCACCUGCAGCCCCUCAGCGCCCAGCUGGAGCGGCAGGAGGACGUGUGGAGCGCCAUGCCGGAGGCCCUGCUGAUCGGAACCUACGUGGAACUCGUACGUCUGCGAGGGUCCCCUGACUUGAACAUCAAGGCAGCAGUGGUCUUCGAGUUCAAAGAGACCAUCGCCCUAUACAACCCGGAGUUCGAGGGGAACUCCCAGAACGACGCUCACGAGUUCCUCUCUGAGUGUCUCCAGAGGCUAAGUGCCAUCGGCGAGACGGUGUCCAUGGGGGACGUGGCCUACCAGUGCCCUGUGGACACUCUGUUCUCAUUCCAGCUCCGCUAUACCAGAACUUGCCAGAGCUGUGGAGUUGAGAGCUCGAGGGAUGAGCUGAACACUAUGCUCUCCCUUGAUCUGACCAAGAAAGGAUCAGUGGCAAACAGCCUCCAGCUCUAUUUCGCUGAGACUGCCGUGGAGUUCCGGUGCGACUGCUGUGGGGGUCGGGGCUCCAGCCUGAGGUGCCAUCUCCACACUCUGCCUCAGGUGUUGAUCCUCCACCUCAAGAGGUUCUGCCCCCUGACCCUCACCAAGCAGCAUCAGGCGGUCAGGCUGGACCCCGUCCUGAACCUGAGGGCACUGGGAGAAAGGACUGAAAACACCAUCAGGACUCCUUCCCCUCCAGCCAGAGUGUCCAGUGUAGGUGGAGAAACAGGGACAGAGAUCAUGGAGACCAGCCAGUAUAACCUGAUAAGUAUACUGAGCCACAUAGGGUCAGAUGUCAGCAGCGGCCACUACAUUGCCGACUGCCAAGAGACAGCAGGCCAGUGGUUGCUGUAUAAUGACCACAAGGUCUUCAUGAACUCGGAGGAGGCCGUUCUCAAGGAGAGGGAGAGAGCGGCCUACAUCCUGUUCUACAUCAGAAAGUGAGGCAGACCACUACUGUCUGCCCCCUGCCCUCCCCCAUCAACAUCGGGGGUAAAAGGCGUCAGCAUCACUCCAUCAGGCUGGCAUGGCAACCAAUGGAUGACCCCACCACCAAGUGAGGCAGAUCACCCACCUUCCCACCCUACAGGCCCCUCACCCCACUCGUCAUCAGGGGUAAAAGGUGCCAGCAUCACUCCAGCGGGCUGGCAACCAAUGGGCGACCCUCCAUAAAGGUGAUAUCACACCAACAUCCAAUCAGAUUGGAUGAAAGGAGGCCACUACAUCACCGACUGCGAGGUCACCCCAAUAAUAACAUCAGAGGAGGCUGUUCUCAAAAACCGGGAGAGAACGGCCUACAUCCUGUUUUACAUCAAAAAGUGAGGCAGACCACUACUGUCUGCCCCCUGCCCUCCCCCAUCAACAUCGGGGGUAAAAGGCGUCAGUAUCACUCCAUCAGGCUGGCAUGACAACCAAUGGGCGACCCUUCCAUAAAGGUGAUAUCACAGCAACAUCCAAUCAGAUUGGAUGAAAGGAGGCCACUACAUCACCGACUGCGAGGUCACCCAAAUAAUAACAUUAGAGGAGGCUGUUCUCAAAAACCGGGAGAGAACGGCCUACAUCCUGUUUUACAUCAAAAAGUGAGGCAGACCACUACUGUCUGCCCCCUGCCCUCCCCCAUCAACAUCGGGGGUAAAAGGCGUCAGCAUCACUCCAUCAGGCUGGCAUGGCAACCAAUGGAUGACCCCACCACCAAGUGAGGCAGAUCACCCACCUUCCCACCCUACAGGCCCCUCACCCCACUCAUCAUCGGGGGUAAAAGAUGUCAGCAUCACUCCAGCAGGCUGGCAACCAAUGGGUGACCCCUCCAUAAAGGUCAAAUAAAAGCAUAAAAAACAGUAACGUGUUCCUUGAAGUUGAGUUCAGUUCUCGGUCACCGAUUGAGGAGUGUUGUAAAAUAUACAUGCUAAAGCUGUAAGGGAAGUUCUGCAGAGAAACCUGCAAGCAUUAAACGAGCGAAAACAGCAAAGAAAUCGCCAAACCUGCGUAGUGCUGUGAUUGUACACAUUUGUGUUUGACAUCUUUUCACUUCAAAUCACAGACGCCUUCAUCCACCGACCUGCACUAAAUCAGACAGGCCAUCAGCAUGUGUCCUU